UUUUCUCCAUAUUCACCAAUUUGUGAGAAUUUAUUUAUUUGCUUGGACCCCACAUAACAGACGACUUUUAUUCUCUAGUUUGUAGCCACAACAGCAUAUUUCUCCACCACUGAAUAGCUGCUAUGCAGGUUGUUCCUGUGAAGUCAGCAAAGUUUCACUGUUGAGACCCUUAUCAGCCACUUUCACAUGACCGACGAGUGCGUUGUCAGUGGACAUCUAUCAGUCAUGUUAGGGUAUGUUUGUGCACACACCCUUGAAGCAAAAAACAGAGUAACUCAUUGUCUAGGCCUAUAUUUUAAAGGCCUAUUUUUUAAACCAACGCACACAUAUUUUUUUAGAAGAAUUUGGCUGAUCAACAGUCAAGAGUUCUGUGCAAAAAGAUGGUGUCCACCAAACAUUCAUGCAGUUUUAGUGACAGACUUUCCAGAGAAACAGGAGCGAUGCAGUUAUUUUAAGCUUUAAUUCCUCUCCAGUCCUAAUGGUUCCUGAAUGGAGUGAUUGUAGCACACAUUUCCUUUGAGGCUAGGAACGUCAGGAGGGGGUGGGGCAGGGAAUUGGGCUGGGGUUGAGGAAUGCCACAUUGUGUUUAGCCUUUUGUUCCCAUCACUUUGGGCAGUCUCAGAUGACUCUGACACGGCAAACAAUCACCUCCCUCCCAGCCGUCACAGAUACAAUGAGAAGGACAGUUAGCACGAAACAGGAAGCACCAACUCUAAACUCUGUGGCAGGACAGAACAGCCCGUCGCUCCUCGAGGGAGGAGUUGUGUACAGCUCCUUAUUUGGUUGAGAGUGAUCACAUGGGCUGCCGCGUCUGAACAACAGUUGUGAAGAAGUCAGAGAACUUCGAACUCUGGCGAGCCCAGGAGACUUGGGGUGAGACAGAGAAAAAAAGACUCAAGGAAUAUAACACUGAGCACAUGGUGUGAGGGAAAAUGCCCACAAACUUCACAGUGGUGCCGGUGGAGGACACCCCUAUAUCAAAUCCAGACUAUGAUGAAGAGAUAAUGAAAGAAGAGGACAAGGACGAGCCAUACACGGCAGCGGGACCCAAUUCAGGUGACGAGACUCCAAGAGAAACCAGCUCUUUAAUCAGUACAGAUCAUGAUGACAGCAUCUAUGGCAAGAAUAUGGCUCUCUAUGAGGAUGAGAUGGACAGCACACCGAUGGUGUCAUCUCUCCUCAACAAACUGGCCAACUACACCAACAUAACCCAGGGGGCCGUCGAGCACGAGGAAGCGGAGAGUGAGGAUGGGAUUCAGAGGGUCACCGUAAAUGGCCCUCAAAUGGGCACAUUUAUAGGUGUGUUCCUGCCGUGCAUGCAGAACAUUCUGGGUGUGAUUCUUUUCCUGCGGCUCACAUGGAUAGUGGGUACCGCGGGAAUCGUGGAGGCCCUUGCUAUCGUCUUCAUGUGCUGUUCUUGUACCAUGCUGACUGCAAUUUCAAUGAGUGCCAUUGCGACUAAUGGUGUAGUGCCUGCUGGUGGUUCAUACUACAUGAUCUCCAGAGCAUUAGGCCCAGAGUUUGGAGGAGCAGUGGGUUUGUGUUUCUACCUGGGCACCACAUUUGCAGGUUCUAUGUACAUACUAGGAACCAUGGAAAUUUUUUUGACAUACAUAAUGCCCAAUGCUGCUGUGUUUAAAGCAGAGACUGGAGAGCCAACUGGAAUGCAAAAUAACAUGCGCAUUUAUGGGACAUGCUGUUUAGUUAUCAUGACUCUGGUAGUGUUUGUUGGAGUGAAAUAUGUCAACAAGUUGGCUUUGGUCUUCCUGUCCUGCGUAAUGCUGUCAAUUAUGGCCAUCUAUGCAGGGGUCAUCCAAUCUGCCAUCAAGCCUCCCAAUUCUCCAGUUUGUCUGCUAGGCAACCGCACCUUGCAAAAUUCUAGGUUUGACAAGUGUUUAAAGACAGAGCUCAUCAACAACGUAACCACCCCCACCCAACUAUGGAAGCUUUUUUGUGAAGGUGGCAUUGAAAAUGCAACAUGUGAUGAAUACUUCACCCAUAACAAUUUAACAGAGAUUCAAGCUGUUCCUGGCUUGCUCAGCGGGGUCAUAUCAGAUAACAUGUGGGGACACUACGGACAAUACAGGGCAAUAGUGGAGAAGGAGGGACAGAGUUCAGAACGAGCUUCAGAUAACACCAAUGACAUUUCAUAUUAUGUCCUCAAUGACAUCACUACCUUCUUCACCCUUCUGGUUGGAAUCUACUUCCCUUCAGUUACAGGAAUUAUGGCUGGGUCAAACAGGUCUGGAGAUCUUCGAGACCCUCAGAGGUCCAUUCCCACUGGUACCAUUAUGGCUAUUGCAACCACCUCCAUUAUCUACCUUUCCUGUGUGGUGUUAUUUGGAGCAUGUAUUGAAGGUGUGGUACUGCGAGACAAGUAUGGCGAGUCAGUUAAAGGGACUCUAGCUGUUGCAACACUAGCUUGGCCAUCUUCGUGGGUGAUUGUGAUUGGCUCAUUUUUCUCCUGUUGUGGGGCGGGGCUACAGAGCCUCACCGGUGCUCCCAGGAUCCUUCAGGCUAUAGCUCGAGAUGGCAUCAUGCCAUUCUUACAGGUGUUUGGUCAUAGCAAAUCUAACGGUGAGCCAACCUGGGCCUUACUCCUAACUGCAGCAAUCUGUGAGAUUGGGAUCCUCAUUGGUUCCCUGGAUCAUGUUGCUCCCAUCCUCUCAAUGCUUUUCUUGAUGUGUUACCUCUUUGUAAACUUGGCCUGUGCUGUCCAAACACUUCUACGCACCCCAAAUUGGAGGCCAAGAUUCAAGUUCUACCACUGGUCCCUCUCUUUUCUUGGGAUGAGCCUGAGUCUGUCCCUUAUGUUUGUCUCAUCUUGGUACUAUGCUUUGGUUGCCAUACUGUUUUCUGGAUGCAUGUACAAGUACAUUGAAUACAGAGGGGCAGAGAAGGAAUGGGGAGACGGGAUUCGAGGAUUAUCCCUUAAUGCAGCCCAAUAUGCCCUAAUAAAAUUGGAGGAGGCGCCACCUCACACCAAGAACUGGAGACCUCAGCUGCUGGUGCUCCUAAAGUUGGACUCUGACUUGGGGGUAAAACAUCCACGUCUGCUCUCCUUUACCUCACAGCUGAAGGCUGGGAAAGGCCUGACCAUCGUCUGCUCAGUGCUGGAGGGCACCUACAUGGCUCGUGAGGCAGAUGCGAAGCUCUCUGAAAAGAAUAUCAAAGCGGCCAUGGCAAAGGAGAAAACGAAGGGUUUCUGUCAUGUGGUGGUGUCCUCUAACCAGCGGGAUGGUUUCUCUCACCUGAUCCAGUCUGCAGGCCUGGGUGGCAUGAAACACAAUGCAGUGCUGAUGGCCUGGCCCAGCAACUGGAAACAAGCCGAGAGCUCCCUCUCCUGGAAGAACUUCAUCGAAACCGUCAGAGAGACAACAGCUGCCCACCAGGCCCUGUUAGUGGCGAAAAACAUCGAUACAUUUCCCACAAACCAGGACCGGUUAGCUGAGGGUACCAUUGAUGUCUGGUGGAUUGUCCAUGAUGGUGGUCUACUCAUGCUUCUUCCGUUCCUGCUCCGCCAGCACAAGGUUUGGAGAAGGUGUAAGAUGAGGAUCUUCACAGUGGCUCAGAUGGAUGACAACAGCAUCCAGAUGAAGAAAGACCUACAGAUGUUCUUGUACCAUCUGCGUCUUGAUGCAAAGGUGGAAGUUGUGGAAAUGCAUGCAGGCGAUAUUUCGGCCUUCACCUAUGAGAAGACCCUUGUGAUGGAGCAACGCUCUCAGAUGCUGAAGCAGAUGCAGCUUUCUAAGACAGAGCGAGGGAGAGAGAUUCAAAGCAUCUCGGAUGAAUCCCGGAAUUCCAUCAGGAGGAAGCCCUGCAGAGAGAAACCAACUCAAAGCAACAAGUUUCAAGUGCCAACUAUAAUUCUGGACGAGGAGGCUCAGCUGAUUCAUGACAGGAACACUAAGUCACAUGCCACACUGAACGACAAGGCCACGCCAACUUCUGACCGGGUCCAUAUGACCUGGACUAAAGAGAAGCUGAGUAGUGAGAGAAACCGCCAUCGGGAAGCUCACAUGACUGUGCGGGACAUCUUCAAUAUGAAACCAGAGUGGGAGAAUCUGGAUCAGACUAACGUGAGAAGAAUGCACACUGCAGUCAAACUGAAUGAGGUUGUAGUCAACAAAUCCCAGGGAGCCCAACUGGUGCUGCUGAAUAUGCCAGGACCACCCAAAAACAAGGGCGGAGACGAGAAUUACAUGGAGUUCCUGGAGGUCCUCACAGAGGGAUUGGACCGGGUGCUGCUGGUCCGAGGUAGCAGCAGGGAGGUCAUCACCAUUUACUCAUAGCAGACAGUGAGGAGAGACUGUCCAGAGCUGCACAGAUGGACUCAGGACAGGCAAUAGCACUCCAGCUGCAGGCCAGUACAACACAUUUGAGGAUUCUUCUCAAUAUCUUUUCAUUUAGAGUUGUCCACUCGUGAUUGGCUCGACAAACACAUUUUAAUACCAAGUGUAAACAGGGUCCUUGGAUGUGGUCUUUAAUAAUCAUUUAAAUAAAGACAGGCCAAAGACUUCGAUUUAUCCCAUACGGCUUGAAGAGAGUGACAUCAGCUGUUGCAUUGCUGAGUCAUAUGACUACAAGGGACAGUGUUUGAAUCAUUAAAGUGCUUGUAAUUUAUAUGUAUUAAAUGUAUAUACUGUAUGUUUGUAUCUCAUCACAUUCUUCUGCUGAGCUUUAUGCACUGUGAUGUUAGUCCGAUUCAUAAGAUUUUUGUUUUGAUAUCAGUAUUGCUCACUUUGCAGUAUGUGUAAAAAUCAUGAUUAUAUCACCAGCCAAAUCAUAUGGUUGAAGCCUGUUAGUAUUUUUUGUUGUUGUUGUUGUUUUAAUACUCUUUUUCCCCUAAAUGUUUAAUAUGUAGCAUUUUUGCAGUCAAGUUUCCAUCCCGUUUUUGCGCUGCUUUGUUAUCGACCAAAGAGAAUAUGCGUAAAAAAAAACUUUGCGAAAAUUGCUGUCUACAGCCUGUUUCCAUCCAACUGGCCUUUUACCGAUAAAAUGGUGUGCGUGAUGACGUCAUCCCUAAAAAAAACUAAUUGUCGCAUAAGUUUUGGUGUAUCGCAAAAAAAAUUGCCCUUGAGCUGUUUCCAUA